UCUCUUGAUUGGCUAACGCCUCUAGAAGUGAAAUGAUUUACAUUAGAAGGCCGCCAAGGAUGCGUUAAUUUCCAUAGAGGAUUGCAAGCAACUUGACCCGCCACGUGCUAAAGUUAACCACCUUCGCUUUUCCGCGAUCUCAACCAAGAUGGAGAACGGGAAUGCAGGCGAAGGUAAACCUGCUAACCACUGGGGUAGCGAGGAAUAUCUUUCUGGUGAAGCUAAGGAUAACACCGCCGAAAACCUACUUCACAAUGAAGAGGGAGGACCAGCUCAGCAGAAAAGUUACGUUGGGUUGCAGCGAAAGCUUGGCCUUGUCAGUGGAAUCAGUCUUAUCGUAGGAACUAUGAUCGGUUCUGGAAUAUUUGCUUCGCCUCGCUAUGUCAUGGAAAAUAGUGGCUCUGUUGGACUGACUUUGAUUGUGUGGAGUCUUUGCGGCGUCUUGGCGAUAUUCGGAGCGCUGUGUUACUCUGAACUCGGCACAAUGAUUCCCUUAUCCGGAGGAGAGUACGUAUACUUGUACGAAGCAUUUGGUCCUCUGGUAGCUUUUCUCUAUUCGUGGACGUCUGUCAUUGUGCUAAAGCCGUCGCAAGUUGCUAUCAUCUGCUUGGCGUUUGGAGCUUACGUGAUCGAGCCAAUCUUCCCUGGAUGUGGCGACAGAGGAGAUUUACAACCCGUCGUUAAGCUGUUGGCUGCACUAGCCAUCGGAAUCAUCACGUUCGUGAAUAUUGCCAGUGUAAAAUGGGCCUCGCGUAUGCAAGUUGUCUUCACAGUUUGUAAGAUGGUGGCCAUUGUUAUGCUGAUAAUUACUGGCCUUGUUCGCCUCGGUCAAGGUUUUACGGCGAGUUUUGAUAACUCCUUUCAUAAAACAACGAGUAGCCUUGGUUUGGUGGGAUUCGCGUUUUACAACGGACUUUGGGCCUAUGACGGCUGGAAUAACUUGAAUUACGUGACAGAAGAAUUGAAAAAUCCUUAUCGGGACCUGCCGCUUUCCAUUUUGAUUGGUAUUCCACUUGUGACAGUUUGCUAUGUGCUGGUAAAUAUCGCCUAUCUGACCGUCUUGACACCCGUGGAAAUCAUGAAUUCCAGCGCAGUUGCCGUGACUUUGGCUGAUCGUUUAUACGGAGUGAUGGCUUGGGUGAUUCCCAUAUUUGUUGCCUCGUCCACCUUUGGUGCCGCUAAUGGGUCUGCUUUUAGCAGUGGAAGACUUGUGUUCGCCGCUGCUCGCGAGGGUCAUCUUCCCAAGUUUCUGGCUAUGAUUCAUACUAAGAGACACACACCGCUUCCUGCCAUGUUGUUCACAAGUAUCAUUGCCUGGAUCAUGUUGUUGCCAGACUCCAGUAGCUUUGAGACACUCAUUAACUAUUUCAGUUUUGCCGCCUGGGUUUUUUACGGUUGUACUGUGGCUGCUUUGCUUUGGCUCCGAUACAAGAAACCUGACAUGAAACGACCGUACAGGGUUCCUUUGCCAAUCCCCAUUCUGGUCUUUCUGGCCGCCAUCUACCUGAUCGUGGCGCCAUUCUACGACGCCCCUCUGGAGUCUUUCUUCUGUCUCCUCUUCAUCCUUGCUGGAAUUCCGUUCUACCUUGUAUUUGUCUAUUUCAAGAUCGUGCCUCAAAGUUUCUUCAAAUGCAUAACGCGGUGGACGUACAAACUGCAGACGAUUUGUGAUGUGGCUUUUCCUGAAUCCGAGGCUGAUAUGUUGGGAACAUGAACUUCCUCGUAAUAUUGAUAGUGUAAAGUCUGAUCGACUUCUCGAUGAACAAACAAAAGUAAGAUUAGUUUGUCCUAUGGAUCUCUUUCAAAUAGUUACCAUUUUUCAUGUAGAUGUAAAUGAGCCUUCUAAACACUGUUUUUGACUGAAAAUUAUUUUAUUUCUUCAAAUAUGUAGAGGAUAUCACGUAGGUAUUGAAGAAGUCUACAUUCUUAAACUCCAUUCAAAAUUUUAGUUCCCUACAGUAUAAACAGGCCAUGCUUGAAAUUUCCGGCCCGGCCAGGGGGGCUAGUGGAAUUCUGAUUUACCCAAUUUUUUCCCAUUCGAUACCGAUAUACCCUAAAUUUAAAGGCAAAUACCCAAAAUUCUUGAAGAAUGGGGUAAUUUUUACCCAUAUUGUGAAACGAAAAUACCGAAUGCCUGGGUAGGAAUACCUUAUAUAUAUUAAUACUCAAAACCUUUGCCAGGCCUGAAAUUUUAGCAAGUUGAGACCCCUUCCGAGAUUCCAGCGAUUCUUAAAGUUUGAGAUAUUAGCUUUUUUCGUAAGCUCUUUGCUAUUUAGCUAACAGAAAGGGAUAGCAGAGAGGAAAACCCCACAAACGAGCCCCUUCUUAUUUUUGUUCUUUUCAUUGAUUCUCUUCGGGAAUUUUGGUCACCUAUCGCCUUUUUCGUCUGUGUGUGUGUGUGUGUGUGUGUGUGUGUGUGUUGUGUGUGUGUGUGUGUGUGUGUGUGUGUGUGUGAAAUGAUUCUCGUUGGGCCAGUGUUGUAAACAAUGCCUUCAAUUAUAGAGCGACGACAUCAUCUUUCAAACCGAAAAUGGGCGAUUUGAAGGUUAAGUUUGAUUGGGAUAUUCCUUCUCUUUCCCAACUUUAUUCAUGUGCAUCAAUUGUUUCCUUUCUCUGAAAAAUAUUUCAGUUUCUUCCUCUUUUGAAACAAGCGCAAAGAUAAGUGUUGGCGUAUUGUUGGCAUGCUAAAAUAUAUGUUUUAAAAAAACCGUUAAUUCUAAACAAAAGCUAGGUUAUUUCUAUAGACUAAUAUAUUUCCUUGUCGAAAUGAAUGUGGAUAUUUUUCUAAGUGAUAAUUGUAAUACAAGACAUAUUUCAGAGAGAUGUAAUUAUUUAUGAUAUUGGUAUUACAUGUACGUCUAUGAGUGUAAAUAUCGGCAGAAACAGUGGAUUCAGAUUAUACAAGACAUGCUAGGGUUUAAAAGCAAUCGGCUGCUUAUCAGAGACUUAGGGAUGGUGUUCUUGUUUUACCAUCGCACUGUUCUUUGUAACCUCGCUCUUGAUGGAUUUGAAUCGUACGCGAUUCUCCAGAAAAAUAUCUACACUUAUCGAUGAUCAACUGAUACUGAAUUUAUAAAUUAUUAACUCUCGAGAGUAAUUUCCUCAAAUUACAUCAAGUUUGCUCUUAAAUUAUUAUUUAGGUGGUUAUAAUCUUUAAUAACAUUUAUUUGUAUCGUU